AUGGCAAUCACACAUAAAGCGGGGAAGACUGCACCCCGUCUGAUAGAAGAUAUCCAGCUUUACGAUCCCGCAAACCCUCCAGGCACCAGCAUCAACCUUCUUGCGAGUGUUCCUCCAGUUUACCCCGACAAAUACGAUGGGCCUAUGGAUUACAUAUCUGUGGAUGCAUGCUAUCACAACUAUGUUAUCAAGACAAACCAGUCCCAGCUUGACCAAGGCAAGCUGAGCGGGUCCAGGGUCUCAGCAGUCUGCUCCAAAUGUCGCCACCACCUUCAAGUAGUCGUGAACUACACAAGUUCUGCCUGUUCAGUGGACCCUAUGCACAUCCACCAUUUUGUGUAUACUUCCGGCCGACAGAAGGGAGCUUGGACAACUGAAGAGGUGUUGGAGACGGGACAGACAGCUGAGACCUUUCACUAUACAUGCUCGCACCCAGCAUGCCAUGUCACGGCUUCUUUGCGCCUGACCUCGGCUCUCUUUGGCUCCAAGUUUACAGAGCUUCUAACAAAUCCAUCUUUGAUAAAGCAGCGUGCGGCUGAAGCCUUGGCAGCUGUUCCAGAACGCCCCCGAGUCGACGAUCCUCUGCCCAUCUCUGUCACCAAUCCUCUGCCCAUCAACGUCCUGGAUAAUUUACGACUGUACUUGACCAACGCUGUGAAGGACCCGGAGCGAAGUAAGAAGGCUAUCAAAGGAGGAAACAAGCGUUUCAUUUCCUCGUUUGGCUUCAAUGGUGAUCCUUGCAAAGAGCUCUUUUUCUUUUUAGGCUUCGAAUAUCGUGAGGCUGAUGGCUCGUGGGUGCCUCCCAGACCAAAUCCUGAGGCUGAAACCCCUUACCAAGAUGCCUUCUGCAUCUUCAUCGACGAUGCUAUCAACGAACUGGUGGUCCUCAUCAAUCAACGACCUGCUUCAGAGAAGAAAAUGUUGCAAGCUGUGCCUCUUCCACCAUCCUGUCGAGAUGAUCUCUACUUUGCAAUGGAGGCAUCCGACUAUCCGAAGUCCAAGCGUGUGCAUGAGUUCGAGAUGCCGCCUGCUCCAUUCUAUGAAGACCUUGGAGCAGUGGAAGAUAUGUCGUCUUCGUUGAUUGUGUAUUGCUAUCACCGCCAGGUCGCCACGGAUGCCAACCGAGCCCCACGUUACUUGGAGGCCCUCAAGGCCAUUAGCACCCUGCGAGGUGGCGAAGACUGGGAAAUAAUCGAGCAAGCUGUUCAAACUGCUUAUGCCGAGGGAUUAUUUACCGAGGAAGAUGUGGACAAGGCUUACGACUAUUUUGGUCUUGCACGCAAUGACCCAACCCUCGACGAAGAAGUGAUCAUUGGAAAGUUCUAUGCUUUCCUCAAUUCUACUACUCAGGAGAUUGAGACUCGCCGCCAGCUUUGGAUAAUUGGCCAGAAACUUGGCAAUGAACGCAUUAAGGCUGCCUCGGAAGAUCGUGUAACUACACUCGAGCAAGCUCAUGUCUUCCUCGGAGUUGAUGCAUCGACCCCUGAUGAGUUUAUCACCACAAUGUACACUACAAAGGUCACCGACAGCCCAGCAUGCAAGGAUCUGGCACACCGAGCAGUUGAAAUCAUCGCCGAGGCCCGUAAGUCGGAGGGACUUAUGCACUUUGUCAAGACUGGUCAGGCGGUGGAGGCAGAAAUGGACAUCGGCGACGCCUACCGAAUGCUCCAGAUCCCAGAUCGUACCGUAGAUGAAGACGCGAUCCUUGCAGCAUACACCAUCUGUGUGGAUGAUAACCCUGGACAGUCUUUCGUCUAUUCUCAGGCCCUAGGGGUCAUCGCCAAGACGUUGAACAGCACUGCAUUGAAAAAGAAGGCUGGUCUCUCCGACGAGCCCACACAAAACCUCAGCGAAUGGCCCGUUGGUCUGCAAAACAUUGGAAACACUUGCUACCUGAACAGUCUCCUGCAGUUCUAUUUCUCCAUCCGGCCCUUCAGAGAUAUGGUUCUUUCCUUGGAGAAAUAUCAAAUGGACAUGAAUGAUGUUACCGCCCUUGUGGAGAAGAAAGUAGGAUCUCGAAAGGUGACUGGAAAGGAGAUCGAACGAUCGAUGCGAUUUCUUCGCGAGCUGAGAGUCUUAUUCCGCGAGAUGAUUUCAUCCCCAAUCGCCUCAGCCACUCCCAGCCAUGAGCUUGCAAGACUGACCUUGAUCAGCCCUGGCAAUGAAGACUUCAUUCGCCGUCAAUCGGCAAGCAUGAAAUCUCUUCCACAUGGUCUGGGUGAGAUCAAUGGCUCCCAGAUAUCUGGCCCACUUGGACCUCCCGUUGCCGAAACCGACAAAGAGCCCUCAGAAGCGUCCAGCGUUCAAGCCAACUAUGACACGGAUGACGUAGGGAGCGAUCGGACUUUGGCAAUGGAAGAGCAGGAAAGAGAGAACCAACAGGGUCCAUCUGCUCAGGACAACGAUGGCGAUUCGGCCAUGCCCGACUCAACUGAUCCAGGCACACCACCUCCUGUCCCUCCCCGGAACAUUCCCGAUCCCGAUCGCGAAAAGCAAUUGAAGGAAGAGCUCGAGAUCAGCGCGCAACAAGAUGUCACCGAGGUCAUCAACAAUGUCCUAUUCCAGAGUCAGUGCGCCAUCAAGCCGUAUGGAUUUGACGAGGAUGGAGAACAGCUUGACCAGAUUAAAGACUGGUUCUAUGGUAUAACGCGGUCCUAUAUCCGAGUCGGACAGAACAUCCGAUCGAAGAUGGAGCGCUGGAGUGACAUCAAGGUUGAUGUGGCUGGGGGCCCGCGGGAUAUUUAUGCUGCCCUUGAUGGCGCUUUCGAUGCUCAGGACAUUAGUGUUGAAAAUGGCACCGCUGAGCAGUAUGGUGCCAUCGCCAAGCUGCCUCCAAUUCUCCAGAUCCAAGUGCAACGAGUUCAGUUUGACCAUGCGACAAAGAGAUCCUAUAAGUCGACCAACCAUUUGCAGCUCUUGGAAACGAUCUACCUUGACCGGUACAUGGACACGAACAAAUCGGAUAUGAUCGAGCGACGCAAAUUAUCCUGGGAAAGGAAGAAGCAACUCUCUGUUCUUGAAGCUCGCCGGGCAGAGCUGCAAGCUCCACGGGUAGGAUCAAAAGCUCUUUUACUGCCUCCUCAUGGGAAAACCCUCUCUUGCGAUUUGCCCUCCCUAUUCCGUGGGGCCAAGGCAUCUAUAGAUACACUUGACCCUUCCUUCGAACUUGGGCGACCUGGGUCUACUCAGAUGAUGGAGGCAUCGGACGAAAACAGCGGUGCCACCUCUGGAUCUCAAGGAUUCGGGGUUGAUAUUCAUCUAUCAGACGACAUCGACCAGAUCAGCAAUGCGACCCUCAAAGAGUUCCCAGUAUUGGACGAAGAAAUAGCCGACCUCAAAGCGAAGAUUGCAACCCAAUUCGAAAACUACAAGCGAAUGCCCUACUCGCUUUAUGCGGUUUUUGUCCACCGCGGCUCGGUCUCUUUCGGUCACUACUGGAUUUACAUCUUCGACUUUAAGAAGGAGAUCUGGCGCAAAUACAAUGAUGAAUACGUGACGGAGGUCACGAAUCCGGGCGAUAUUUUUAACGAAUCACACGAUACUAGUCCUCCUACCCCCUACUUCCUCGUCUACAUCAAUUCAGCGAUGAAAGAGCGGCUUGUUGACCCUGUCUUCCGCGACAUCGCUCAGCCCAGCACUAGCGAUGACGCGCGCGGGACUAUGGAGGGACUUAUCAGUACGAACCCGCCUGAUUACGAUCUGAUGGAUUUAAGCGAAAGUCAGGCCGCGCCAAGCGAGCCACUUGUUUCUGUUUCGGAGGCUGGCAACCAGAAAGAGAGCUCGCAAUCUCUUUAA